UCUCACCUAUAAAUGGGAGAAAAGACACAAUAAACUCAUCAUCUCCAAUACGACCAAGAUGUUGGGCAACUCUUCGGAAUACAACAACAAUGGUCAAACCCACCAUCCACGCUUCCUCCCCAAGCGCAUAAUUCUACUCCGUCACGGCGAGAGUGCGGGAAACAUCGACGGCAGCGCCUACACCACCACCCCGGACCACAAAAUCCCCUUAACAUCCCAAGGCAUCGAUCAGGCCAAGAAUGCUGGGUGUCGGAUCAGGCAAGUGAUAUCCGAUUCCGGCGAGCGUUCCAACUGGAAAGUGUACUUUUAUGUGUCCCCAUACGAGAGGACCCGCUCCACUCUCCGAGAAAUAGGCCGGGCCUUCCCUAAGAAGAGAGUGAUUGGAGUGAGGGAAGAAUGUCGGGUUAGAGAACAGGAUUUUGGCAAUUUUCAGGUGGCUGAACGGAUGAAGGCUAUUAAGGAGACUAGAGAAAGGUUUGGAAGAUUCUAUUAUCGAUUCCCUGAAGGAGAGUCCGCCGCUGAUGUGUACGAUCGCGUUUCAAGUUUCCUUGAAUCGUUGUGGAGGGACAUAGACAUGAAGAGACUUCAACAUGACACAUCCGAUGAACUUAAUCUGGUCAUCAUAUCCCACGGCCUUGCUAUUCGUGUCUUUCUCAUGAAGUGGUUUAAAUGGACUGCCGAGCAAUUUGAGUACCUGAAUAACCUGGGGAACUGUGAGUUCAGAGUGAUGCAGCUAGGCUUCAGCGGAGAAUACAGUCUAGCAGUCCAUCAUACUGAAACAGAAAUGCUAGAAUGGGGCCUUUCCCCUCAGAUGAUAGCUGAUCAAAAGUGGCGAGCUCAUACAAGUCGAGGUGAUUGGAUUGAGAAAUGUUCAUGGUACCUGGACACAUUCUUCGACCAGUUCGCAGACUCGGAUGCUGAAGAAGACUGAAAACUUAAAAAGGUUAUUUGACUAUUUUUUUUCUCCUGUAAAUGAGUUUGUGAUUUGUUCAAUUCAUAUUGCAUUUGAUAGGAGAGAGGAUACUCUAGUGUUCUUUAUUCUGCUAUACUGACUAUAACAUGUACUAUUUUAGUUCAAGGUGAAGUAUAGAAAUUGAUCUCAAUAUUUACUAAUGCUUUUCUGUAUGGACUUGUUUCCUUGUAUGAUAUCAAACGGCAUUGAUUC